GUGAUUGGAGCGAAUGCCGUGUCAAUAUUCCAAACACUUAGGCCAUUCUUUACAAUGAUACUAGGGUUCAUAAUAUUAGGAGAGCCAAUCACGCUGAAGAAGACUAUAGGCUCAGUUAUAGUCUGUGUAGCUCUGGUGGUGUAUCAGAAGUCGAGAGUCAGGGCCUCUGACCAACAGUAGAAAUUUUUUACGCUUUGUAAAUUAAUUUAAGAUGCUUAAUGUUUUUGUUCUAUUUUAUCAUUUUUAGUUAUAUCGCAGUGAAUUGUGAGGGUUUUGUACUGGAAUCUAGAGUCGUAACAUUUGUGCCAACACACUUUGGUAAAAGAGGCCCAGAAUGCCAAAAUUCCAUUAAAAAACUAAGUAUUUUGUAUAGUAAAAAUAAAGAUAAUGAAGAAAGGGGAGAAUUUGAUCUGGAUUCCAAAAAUGAACGGGAAAAUGAUAAAGAACCAGGAAUUGAAAAGGAAUCAGAAAAUAAUAAAAAAUCCGAAAAUAAAGAUAAUGACUAUGAAUUAGUUGAGUUUAUAAAAACAACAACCAAUGGAGAUGAAGGAGGUGAGAGUAAAUUUAUGAUAUCGAAAAGGCUUUGGAAAUUGUUAACAGCGCUGUUAGCAUAUAGAACAAAGUUUGGUGAUUAUAAAAUUGACACUGAUUUUGAGUUUAAAAAGAGCGAAAAGGGUCAUUUAUCAGGAUAUAAGCUGGGAAAGAAUCUAGGAUAUUUAAUACAGCUCCUAAAUUUACAGCAAAAAGGAGCAAGUUUCAUCAAAAAGUAUAGAGAACGGCUGAGGAGGAGGAAUAGGGAUUUUUUAGAUUCCGAUUUACUGGAAGCCCCAAAAUUACUGUGGCUUUUGGGUUUCUCAACGAAAAGUUAUCUCCAAGAAAGUAAAAUACGACAGAAAACAAUACGAAGAGAUAAUGUUAUUACCACAAAAGUGUCAAGACUGGCCUCAGUAAGCAGAUUAGAUUUAAAGGAAGGGGAGCAUGACACCAUGUUACCAGAGAACCUCGACCGUAUCAGUAAGGUGAAGAAGAUAAUAUUAGAGAACGUGCUCCAGAGGAAACAGCGGAUGAGAGAAGAAAUGCCCUUUAAGUAUUCCCAAAUACUUCCUGAACCUUCUAACAAAGCUACUCCAAGACCUGAUUUACUAAGGAAAAUAGUAAGUGAAAUCCUAGAUAAAAACAAGGCUACAUGUCCUCUGAUUAAACGUGACACCAGAGCUGAAACUGAAGGUGCAUAUCACUACGCAUUUUUUCACUGGUCAUUUGAACAAGUCCUACAAGCACUCGUUCUAUUCAAUGAUAUGUAUUAUGAUUAUAAUAAGGAUCUGUUGAUAAGAAGUGAGAGGACUGGUGAAGAGUUUAAGCCUAUAACAUUUAAUACUUUGAAGACUAGUUGGAGGAUACCUGAGAAUGAAAAUUGGCCUUCUGAGCUUCAAGGGAUGCCUUUAGGAUUUUUUAUAGAAAGGUUCAGAAUAGGUGAUAUUGAUGGCAAAGAACAUUGGCUUAGGAGACCAGUUCUAGACCAUAUCGGAUUCAACUGGGGAGAUGGACUUAAAUAUCUAACUUUUACCUGGGAUAAGCUUGAAAAGGGGCUGAUUUGGUACAUUAAUUUCAGAGGUUUCCCGAUCAUGACCCUGCCUCCAGAUUUAGUAAUACCUAAAACGUCAACUGUAGCCAAAUUCUAUAAACCAGAAGAAAUACAGGGCAUGAAACUGGGAAGGUUAGUCUAUAAAGCUAUUGAUCAGAUUCAAAUGUUAAAAAGGUUUUAUCGGUACAGAUAUGAAUUUCUUAAUGGUAUCGGACUUGUUUUCGUUCCUAAACCUGAAAUUGAUCUCGGAUACAAACCAAUUCCACACUUUAAAUUUAAUAAGACCAGAGCUGAUCUCAUGGUAUCUUCUGAUAACAAAUACCUUUUCGAUGAAGUUAAUGAACCACCAGAAAUCUUAAAAGACAACCUAAUCAAAGUAGCUGAUGGUACUUCCCUGAUUGGAUAA